GGAAAGAACCAGUAGGAAAGGCCUGUGGAGAAGGACAGAAUCCAUCUGGGAGGCAGAAAAAGCAGAUUGUCAGGGAGGAGGGCCUGUGCCCAGCUGAAACUGGGAGGAGGCCUGUGGCUCCUAGAGGCAAUUGCUGAUGUGUUUACGUAGGAGCCAUGGUCAUUCUACGCCAGGGGGAUUAUGUAUGGAUGGACCUCAAAACCGGUCGGGAAUUCGACGUUCCCAUUGGAGCCGUGGUCAAACUUUGUGACUCUGGGCAGAUCCAGGUGGUGGACGAUGAAGGCAACGAGCAUUGGAUUUUCCCUCACAAUGCCAGCCACAUCAAACCCAUGCACCCGACCUCUAUCCACGGGGUGGAGGACAUGAUCCGCCUGGGGGACCUGAAUGAAGCUGGGAUUCUGCGGAACCUGCUCAUCCGUUACCGAGAGCACCUUAUCUAUACUAACUGUGGUGGGAGGACGUAUACAGGUUCGAUAUUGGUGGCAGUGAAUCCCUACCAGCUGUUACCUAUCUACUCUCCAGAGCAGAUACGGCUGUACACCAACAAAAAGAUUGGGGAGAUGCCCCCCCACAUCUUCGCAAUAGCUGACAACUGCUACUACAACAUGCAACGCAACAACAGGGACCAGUGUUGCAUCAUAAGUGGCGAGUCUGGUGCAGGGAAGACGGAGAGCACCAAACUGAUCCUGCAGUUCCUGGCUGCUAUCAGCGGGCAGCAUUCCUGGAUUGAGCAGCAGGUGCUGGAGGCAAACCCCAUUUUAGAAGCUUUUGGAAAUGCGAAGACGAUUCGUAAUGACAACUCCAGCCGAUUUGGUAAAUACAUUGACAUCCAUUUCAACAAGAGGGGAGCCAUCGAAGGGGCAAAGAUUGAGCAGUACCUGCUGGAGAAAUCUCGAGUCUGCAGACAGGCCCAGGAUGAGCGGAAUUACCAUGUAUUUUACUGUAUGCUGAAAGGAAUGACACCAGAACAGAAAAAGAAGCUGGGUCUUGGGAAAGCCACUGAUUAUAACUACCUCGCUAUGGGUAACUGCACUACCUGUGAUGGCAGAGACGAUAGUAAGGAGUAUGCAAACAUUCGCUCUGCAAUGAAAGUCCUGAUGUUCACCGACACUGAGAACUGGGAGAUCUCAAAGCUUCUGGCAGCCAUAUUGCAUAUGGGGAAUUUGCGGUAUGAAGCACGGAUGUAUGAUAACCUGGAUGCCUGUGAGGUUGUUCGCUCUGCCUCGUUAAUCACUGCAGCUUCAUUACUGGAGGUGGACCCUCAGGAUGUGAUGAACUGCCUUACUAGCCGCACAAUAAUCACGAGAGGAGAGACCGUCUCCACCCCGCUCAGCAUGGAGCAGGCGCUGGAUGUGAGGGACGCUUUUGUCAAGGGAAUCUACGGGCGGCUUUUCGUGUGGAUUGUGGAGAAGAUCAAUGCUGCCAUUUACAGGCCUCCGUCCCACGAACUACAGAGUGUCAGGAGGUCCAUUGGUCUUCUCGAUAUCUUCGGCUUUGAGAACUUCACUGUGAACAGUUUCGAGCAGCUCUGCAUCAACUUUGCAAAUGAGAACCUGCAGCAGUUCUUCGUGCGCCACGUCUUCAAGCUGGAGCAGGAGGAGUACAACCUGGAGAACAUUAACUGGCAGCACAUCGAGUUCACCGACAACCAGGAUGCCUUGGACAUGAUCGCCAUCAAACCCAUGAACAUCAUAUCACUCAUUGACGAGGAGAGUAAGUUCCCCAAGGGUACAGAUACCACAAUGCUGCACAAGCUGAAUUCCCAGCACAAGCUAAACACCAACUACAUCCCGCCGAAGAAUAACCAUGAAACCCAGUUUGGCAUUAACCACUUUGCUGGUGUUGUCUACUAUGAAACCAAAGGGUUUUUGGAGAAAAACAGGGACACGCUUCAUGGAGACAUCAUUCAGCUGGUCCAUUCCUCGAAAAACAAAUUUAUCAAGCAAAUCUUCCAAGCGGACGUGGCUAUGUUUCUCUGUGGCUAUGCAUCCAGUACUUUUGGCCAGUCACCAGCACCCACUCCAAAGGGAGCAGAGACAAGGAAGCGCUCGCCGACACUCAGCAGCCAGUUCAAGCGAUCUCUCGAGCUGUUGAUGAGAACCCUCAGCGGGUGCCAGCCCUUCUUCGUCCGCUGCAUCAAACCUAAUGAAUAUAAGAAGCCCAUGUUAUUUGAUCGGGAGCUGUGUGUUCGCCAGCUGAGGUACUCAGGGAUGAUGGAGACCAUCCGGAUCCGCAGGGCUGGCUAUCCCAUCCGCUACAGCUUCGUGGAGUUUGUGGACAGGUAUCGUGUCCUCAUGCCCGGGGUGAAGCCAGCGUACAAGCAGGGCGACCUGCGUGGAACGUGCCAGCGAAUUGCUGAAGCGGUGCUGGGGAAAGAUGAUGAUUGGCAGAUUGGCAAGACGAAGAUUUUCCUGAAGGAUCACCAUGAUAUGCUGCUGGAGAUUGAGAGGGACAAGGCCAUCACAGACAAGGUCAUCCUCAUCCAGAAGGUGGUUCGUGGGUUUAAAGACAGGUCCAAUUUCCUGAAAGUGCGACAUUCGGCCCUGAUGAUUCAGAGAUACUGGCGGGGACAUAACUGCAGAAAGAACUAUGGUGCUAUGAGGAUUGGGUUCCUGCGGCUCCAGGCCCUCUACCGUUCCCGCAAACUCCACACGCAGUACCACAUGGCUCGCAGACGGAUCAUCGAGUUCCAGGCAAGGUGCCGGGGCUGCCUGGUGCGCAGGGCCUUCCGCCAUCGCCUUUGGGCUGUCUUCACGGUCCAGGCUUAUGCCAGGGGCAUGAUUGCACGGAGGCUGUAUAAGCGCCUUAAGGGAGAAUAUCACCGCCGUCUGGAAGCAGAGAAGCUUCGUCUGGCAGAAGAGGAACGGCUCCGGAAGGAGAUGAGUGCCAAGAAAGCCAAAGAGGAAGCAGAAAAGAAGCACCAAGUACGCCUUGCCCAGCUGGCCCGGGAAGAUGCUGAGAGAGAGGUGAAGGAGAAGGAGGAAGCCCGUCGGAAGAAGGAACUCUUAGACAAAAUGGAGAAGGCCCGAAACGAGCCAGUGAACGACUCAGAUAUGGUGGACAAAAUGUUUGGAUUCCUAGGAACCACUUCGUCUCUGCCAGGCCAGGAAGGACAGGCACCCAAUGGCUUUGAGGACCUUGAGCGAGCCCAAAAGGAGCUAGAGGAAGAGGAUUUAGACGCAGCUUUGCCCCUCCCCGAGGAAGAGGAGGAAGACCUUUCGGAGUACAAAUUUGCAAAGUUUGCAGCCACCUACUUCCAGGGCACGACGACACACACAUACAUCCGCCGGCCACUUAAGCAGCCCCUUCUGUACCACGAGGACGAAGGAGACCAGUUGGCAGCACUCGCGGUGUGGAUCACUAUCCUUCGUUUCAUGGGAGACCUUCCUGAGCCUAAAUACCAUACGGCUAUGAGCGAUGGCAGCGAGAAGAUUCCAGUGAUGACCAAAAUCUAUGAGACUCUAGGGAAAAAGACCUACAAAAAGGAGCUGCAGGCUUUGCAGGGGGAAGGAGAGAGCGCUCACAUAGAUGGCCACAAGAAGAACAGUGUGCGGCACAAACUGGUCUCCUUGACUCUAAAGAAGAAAUCCAAACUGACUGAAGAGGUGACAAAGAGACUCCAUGACGGUGAGUCCACCCUCCAAGGCAACAGCAUGCUUGAAGACCGACCCACCUCCAACUUGGAGAAGCUGCAUUUCAUUAUUGGUAAUGGCAUCCUCAGACCAGCAUUAAGGGAUGAAAUCUAUUGUCAAAUCUGCAAACAGCUCACCCAGAACCCUUCCAAAAGCAGCCACGCCAGAGGCUGGAUCCUGAUGUCGCUGUGCGUGGGAUGCUUUGCUCCUUCCGAAAAGUUUGUGAAGUAUUUAAGGAACUUCAUCAGUGGAGGUCCUCCUGGUUACGCUCCCUAUUGUGAAGAGAGAUUGAGGAGGACAUUUGCAAAUGGGACUAGGACCCAGCCGCCCAGCUGGUUAGAAUUACAGGCGACCAAGUCCAAGAAACCUAUCAUGCUGCCUGUUACGUUUAUGGAUGGGACAACGAAAACGCUACUAACUGACUCUGCAACGACCGCUAAAGAGCUCUGCAAUUCCUUAGCUGACAAGAUCAGCCUGAAGGACCGAUUUGGGUUUUCGCUUUACAUCGCACUGUUUGACAAGGUCUCAUCCUUGGGGAGUGGCAACGACCACGUGAUGGACGCUGUGUCUCAGUGCGAACAGUACGCCAAAGAGCAGGGAGCCCAGGAGCGCAACGCGCCGUGGCGGCUCUUCUUCAGGAAGGAGAUCUUCACCCCCUGGCACAAUCCGAGUGAAGACAACGUGGCCACCAACCUCAUUUACCAGCAAAUAGUCCGAGGGGUGAAGUUUGGGGAGUACCGAUGUGACAAGGAAGAAGACUUGGCAGAACUGGCUUCCCAGCAGUACUAUGUAGACUAUGGGGCGGCGAUGGUGCUGGAGCGACUCCUGAACUUAAUCCCCUCCUACAUUCCCGACAGAGAGAUCACUGCUUCGAAAACAGUGGAGAAAUGGGCUCAGCUCAUUAUAGCUGCACAUAAAAAGGGAAUUUAUACCCAGAAGAGAGCAGACCCCAAAAAAGUCAAGGAAGAAGUGGUGGAUUUUGCACGUUUCAAGUGGCCUUUGCUGUUUUCUAGAUUCUAUGAAGCCUUCAAAUUCUCAGGACCCAGCCUGCCCAAGAACGAUGUGAUUGUAGCUGUGAAUUGGACCGGAGUGUACUUUGUGGAUGAACAAGAACAAGUCCUCUUAGAACUCUCCUUCCCAGAGAUCACGGCUGUCUCAAGCAGUAGAGGUGGAAAGCUCCAAGGGCAGAGUUUCACCUUGGCCACCAUUAAAGGGGACGAGUACACCUUCACCUCCAACAAUGCAGAGGACAUCCGGGACCUUGUUGUCACCUUCCUAGAAGGACUAAGGAAAAGAUCAAAGUAUGUUGUCACUCUCCAAGACAACCCAAACCCUGUGGGAGAAGAAUCUGGAUUCCUCAGCUUCCAUAAAGGAGACCUGAUUGUUAUGGACCAGGACACUGGAGAGCAUGUCAUGAACUCGGGCUGGGCCAAUGGGGUCAAUGAAAGGACCAAACAGAGAGGAGAUUUCCCAACGGACUGUGUUUACGUCUUGCCGACUGUCACCAUGCCGCCUCUGGAGAUUGUGGCGUUAGUCACAAUGACCCCUGACCAGAGGCAAGAUGUUAUUAGAAUGUCCCAACUGGCGAUUUCGGACAGUGAAGAAAGAGUGAAGCCAUACACCUUGGAAGAGUUCUCUUAUGAUUAUUUUAGGCCACCUCCGAAGCACACUCUGAGCCGGGUGAUGAUCACCAAAAAUCGAGGGAAAGACAAACUGUGGUGCUACACCCGAGAGCCCAUCAAGCAGCCCUUGCUGAAGAAGAUCCUGGGCAGCGAGGAGCUGUCCCAGGAAGCCUGCAUGGCGUUCAUUGCUGUGCUGAAGUAUAUGGGUGACUAUCCAUCCAAAAGAACCCGCUCAGUCAACGAGCUAACAGACCAAAUAUUUGAAGGUGCCUUGAAAGCUGAACCGUUGAAAGAUGAAAUCUACUGUCAGAUCCUCAAGCAGCUCACUGACAACCACAUUAAGUACAGCGAAGAGAAGGGUUGGGAGCUGCUUUGGUUGUGCACAGGCCUUUUCCCUCCCAGCAAUGUUCUCCUGCCCCAUGUCCAGAGGUUUCUCCAGUCCCGGAAGCAUCACCCCCUAGCCACAGAUUGCAUACAGAGACUACAGAAAGCACUGAGGAAUGGAUCCAGGAAGUAUCCUCCCCAUCUGGUUGAAGUGGAGGCAAUUCAACACAAAACCACCCAAAUUUUCCACAAAGUUUACUUCCCCGAUGACACUGAUGAGGCGUUUGAAGUGGAGUCCAGCACUAAGGCCAAGGAUUUCUGCCAGAACAUCUCCAGCAGACUGCUGCUGAAGUCAUCGGAGGGCUUCAGCCUCUUCGUCAAAAUCUCCGACAAGGUUAUCAGCGUCCCAGAAGGAGAUUUCUUCUUUGACUUUGUCAGACAUCUUACAGACUGGAUAAAGAAAGCAAGACCUGCAAAAGACGGUAUAGUGCCUUCUCUCACAUACCAAGUGUUCUUCAUGAAAAAACUGUGGACAAACACCAUCCCUGGGAAGGAUUCAAUGGCAGACUCCAUCUUCCACUAUUAUCAGGAAUUACCAAAGUACCUGCGUGGCUACCACAAGUGUACCCGGGAAGAGGUCUUACAGCUGGCAGCUCUGAUCUACAGGGUGAAGUUUGAGGAUGACAAGUCCUACUUCCCCAGCAUCCCCAAGCUCCUGAAGGAGCUGGUGCCUCAGGAUCUUCUCCGGCAGCUCUCUCCAGAUGACUGGAAAAGGUCCAUUGUGGCGUAUUUCAAUAAGCAUGCCGGCAAAACAAGAGAAGAAGCCAAGCUUGCCUUCCUAAAGAUUGUCUUCAAGUGGCCUACGUUUGGAUCAGCCUUCUUUGAAGUGAAGCAAACUACCGAGCCAAAUUACCCAGAGAUCCUUUUAAUUGCCAUCAACAAGCACGGAGUCAGCCUCAUAGAUCCCAAAACCAAGGAUAUUCUCACGACUCAUCCCUUCACCAAGAUCUCCAACUGGAGCAGCGGCAACACGUACUUUCACAUAACCAUUGGCAACCUGGUGCGGGGAAGCAAACUGCUCUGUGAAACGUCGCUGGGCUACAAGAUGGAUGACCUCUUGACCUCAUACAUCAGUCAGAUGUUAACAGCCAUGAGCAAACAGAGGAGUGCAAAGGGCAGCAGCAAGUGAACUGAAAGAAGCCACUGGCAGGUGGCCAUGGAGCUAAUUCACCAGCUGGGGCCUGUGGGAUACCCCUGCAGCUGGGGCAGAACCUUUUCUGCCCAGAUGUGGAAGAUGAUCCGGACCCCUUCAGAAAGCUCAUCCGACUCUGAUCUUGAGGGCUCAAGUCCCAUUUCCCCUUCCAGCGAGGACGACUAUCUGUGAUGCUGACCUCCAAUUCCCCCCUCCUCCCUAGUAAGCCCUGUUUUAAACUUCUAAGCUUUCUGGGUGACAGACAGUGACUGAUCAACAGAGAAACAUCAGCGGGAUGUUUACUAUCAAACCAAAUGACUGAAGUUUGCAAAGGAUUGUAGGAAAAAGUUGCGAGUGUCAUUUUUAAAAAGGGGAAGGUGGUCAGGGUGCCAUUAAGGACUUUGGAGAAGUUCUGGGCGUCCGAGAUUUGCUGAUCAGUAACCUAACCCUGCUCCAUUGUAGAGAAAAAUCCCAUCCACUCUCCUGCAGGUAUCUUGACAUUGCAACAGAACAAAAAGAAAUCCAUUUGUUCUAAAAAAAAAAAAAAAGCCGAGGGAAAAAGUGCAUUUAAAAUAGUGGUUGGUUUGUUUCUUCUUAAUCCUAAUUGAACAGCCUGUACCAUGGCAAAGCGAUGACGGGAGACGGGCGCACAACGAUGGAGAUAUUUAAAGGUUUCAUUUCUUAUUCUUGUAUUUAUUUAUUUUUUAAAGAGAAUGACGGCUUCUGGGAGGCUGGCUCUGGGGAAGGCCCCACACAGCUCCAAAGGCUUCACCCAACAGAACCACUCACACACCCAGCGCUCCAUUGUCAAAAGGAUGAGACUGCGUGUUCAUAAGUCAAACUGUUCUAAUUAGGGGUGGCCUUCAGUUCAGCAUCAAAUCCCUAUUCAGCAGCAUGGAAACGAGGCUGCUAAAGAUAGCUGACCCCGCCCCCUCCACCCGCAGAAUGCACCUGGCAGGAUCAGGCUCUUAGCUGGAAGCCUGAAGGUGGCUUUAGACCCUGAGAGGUGGAAAAUGUUGGCCAGGCCAUUCUGUGCUGUGUGUUUGAUUGUGCGCUGCAGUCGCCUUUCUCUGAAAGUCAAGCCUGGUGCACGAGGCUUUGCCCUCUGUGCAGCAUUAAAAAAAAAGGUAAUAAUUGGAGAUAUACCAAUCUCCUAGAACUGGAAGGGACCUUGAAAGGUCAUUGAGUCCAGCCCCCUGCCUUCAUUAGCAGGACCAAUUUUUACCCCAGAU